CUCUCUCUCUCUCUCUCCACUCGGAAAACCGACAGAGGGAAAGCACCCCCACAGUUCUCAGGCCCACUCGCUUUAAACCCCCAUUCCCGAUGAGAAAAAAACCCACAUUCCGCCGUCCCCGCCUCCUCCUCCCCAUGGCUGCCCUCCUCUCCCUCCUCCUCCUCCUCGUACUCCUUCCGCACUCCCCCUCCGCCGUGGGCGGCGCCUCCCCCUCCUCGCCGCCGCCCCAAGUCCUCCAGGCCUGCCGCGCCACCAGCUUCCCCUCCUCUUGCGAGCCCACUCUCUCCAAAUCCUCCGACCUUACCCCCCUGGGCCUCACCCUCGCCGCCCUCUCCGCCUCCUCCGCCGCCCUCCCCACCGCCCGCUCCCUCGCCCAGUCCAUUUUCGACGCCUCCUCCAACAACCGCAACCGCUCCAGUGCCGCCCGCAACUGCCUCGAGCAUCUCUCCCUCUCCGACCGCCGCCUCUCCGCCGCAGCCGCCGCCCUCCCCCGCGGCCGCGCCGCCGACGCCCGUGCCUGGACCAGCGCCGCCCUCGUCUACCAGUACGACUGCAACAAUGGCCUCAGUUACGUUACUGGCACCCGCCUCGUCGCAGACGCCAUGGCCUUCCUCUCCUCCCUCUACAACCUCACCAGCAACGCCCUCUCCCUCAUCGCCGCCCACCAGCGCUUCGGCGACAACCUCUCCCUCUGGUCCCCGCCCCAGACCGAGCGCAACGGCUACUGGGGCGAUCCCGCCCCCGCGGCGGUUCGCCGAUCCACACGCCGGCACGCCGGAUUGCUCUCCGAUCUGCAGACAGACGCCACCGUCUGCCAGAUCGGUGACUGCAACUACCGGACGGUCCAGGAGGCGGUCGCCGCCGCGCCGGACUUCGGAGCCGGCCGGUUCGUGAUCCGGAUCAAGGCCGGAAUCUACAAGGAAACCGUUCGGAUCCCCUUCGAGAAGACCAACGUCGUCCUCAUCGGCGACGGCAUGGGCGCCACCGUGAUCACCGGUGCCCUCAACGCCCAGAUGCAUGGGGUCUGGACCUACAACACCGCCACCGUCGGCGUCUUCGGCGACGGCUUCAUGGCCCGCGACCUCACCAUCGAGAACACCGCCGGCGUGGGCGCGCACCAGGCGGUGGCGCUCCGCUUGGACAGCGACCACUCCGUCCUCGACUCCGUCGAGUUCCGCAGCCACCAGGAUACUCUUUAUGCGCGGUCCCUCCGGCAGCUGUACCGCCACUGCCGGAUCUCCGGCACCGUCGAUUUCGUCUUCGGCAACGCCGCAGCGGUGUUCGACGAAUGUCUCCUCGAGGUGGUGCCGCGGGCGGAGGGACCGGAUAAGUCCGGUAGCGAUGCCGUGACGGCGCAGGGGCGGACGGACCCGGCACAGGCGACGGGUUUCGUGUUUCGCCAGUGCGCCGUUAACGGAAGCGAGGAGUUCUUGACAGCGUUUGAGAGGAAGCCGAAGGCGAAUAGGGCUUAUCUGGGGAGGCCAUGGAAGGAGUACUCGAGGGUGGUGUUCAUAGAGACUUAUUUAGGGGAAAUGGUGACGCCGGAAGGAUGGCUCCCAUUUAGAGGGCCGUUCGCGCUUGAUACAUUAUUCUAUGGGGAGUAUGGGAGCUCCGGGCCUGGGGCUAAGAUUGCUUCUAGGGUGAAGUGGAGUUCUCAAAUACCAGCAGAGCAUUUGGGGGUGUACUCGGUGGAUAAUUUUAUUCAAGGGAAUGAGUGGGUUCCCUCUGAUAGGUAGGAUAAUCACUAAUGUUUGAAGAAAUGUAUUGUUUUUGUUUGCAUGGUUUGCUUCUUGUACUUGCUUUGUAAGGACCUUACUGGUUGUCUUAGUUCAUUUGGAUGGGUGGGGGGUUGUGGCACGGAGGAGGUUAAUUUCUGUACAUAACCUGUUUGUGUGGCUUUAAGAAGAUUAAUGGGGUUUUUUGAGCUGUCCUCAUGGAUGAAAUACUGGUUCAUCUAAAGUUGA